UUCACUCGUCCUGAUGGCGGUGGCAAGGAAACGAGAGCGUCCACAGGUAGCACUGCCUACUCGCAUUCGGCUGGGCCUGGGCGUACGGGCGAGCAAAAAACAGCACCCGUAGCCACCGCCAGCCUGCACGGUUUGAGUGACGAAUUGAGUUGA